AUGGCGCCAACGCAGCAGUGCUUCGUCGACGAGGUCGUCGAGCCUGUCAGGCUUUACAGCUUGACGCGGUCACCAGAAAAUGAGGAUGAAAACGGCAAAGCUACCCAAUUCAGACAGAAGCUCAUCACUGACUUGAAUGAGUUGAGUGAUCAUUUAGCUGGUACGCAAGACGAGGAGCAUGUCUAUCGCUUCAUCUCGAUCUGCCAGCGCCACUCAUGGCGGCCUUUGCAAAUCACGAGUUCCACGUUUGAUCUUCUCAUGGAAAAGCUCAACUUGGACAGUUCUUUGCGAGAUCUCGCGUCAUGCUUUUACACCCGGAACACCAGUGUAGAGGAGGUCUUUUGCAUGCCGUACACCCAGCGACGAAAGGGAUCCGUUGUCGAAGAAGCAUCGUACACCGUUCGAUAUCCAGAACACAAGCCCGACGAGAACAGCUGGGUGAUUCGCCAGACCGGGGUGUACCACCGCUCUGAUUCAGGUUCUCGUCAGAGUCUUUCCCUUAUGAUGAAUCCAAUGCCGACAUCACAGGCCAGCAACAGAGCCAUUGAGUGGCUCUCCCGCAGCGUUGAAGACACCGAGGCCGAUCCCUUCUGGCUGCACAAGGUCGUGUUCGAAACUUACCUGCCGUUAUGGAGGUCCUACAUCGCAUCGCUAGAGCGCCAGUUCCUACCGUUGUCGCGUACAACAUUUGCAAACUUUGUCGACGAACCCUCGACGAUGAAGUUCAGCCACUUGACGAGGCUAGCCAGCCUCGAAAACCGUUUCCUCCAGAUCCCAGCGAUUUUGGAAUCAUCCGAAGACACGCUGAAGGAGCUGUCUGCUCUAUGCGCCAACCACCUUCUCAAGGGAACACAUAGCAAUGAUGACGUGCUUCGGAAUUCCAUCGCAGAGUUUGACAACUUCCGGCGCCAGUGCAGGGUGUUCUCGCGGACGGCGACCUAUUUGCAUCAACGCGCGCAGACGACCUCGCAGCUGCUCGCCAACACGCUGUCCUUUCGGGAGCAGCUCGACACGAGGAAGCAGAAUGACAACAUGCUAAGCUUGAACAAGUCGGUGGUCUUUAUUACUACGUUGACAUUACUUUACUUGCCACCUUCAUUCGUAGCCGUGAGUAGCCUCGUAUCCCCUCCCACAAGCUCCAGCCACAAAUGGAAGACUAUCGCAAGUCAACUGACCCUAUUAUUUUCUUUUGACAGACUUUCUUCGGAAUGA